AUGUUACAAAAUAAUAAUGAACAAGAGAAAUCUAAAUACGAACAAAUUUCUAUCAUUCCUAAAGGAGAUGUUGAUCAAAAACCAUUUCGACUUUAUAGAGAAAAAGAAUUAUUACCAUCAGAUAUCGUAGAAGUUCGUGUUCAUUGUGUUGGUAUUAAUUUUCGUGAUGUACUCAAAUCACGUGGUCUUUAUGCAUAUACACGUACUUUUGCACAACCUAAUGAUGAACAACCAAAAAUUAAUCAAGAUACAGAACUUGGAUCAGAUUUUGUUAGUACUAUUGUACGAGUAGAUCCUACAACAACUACUUCUUAA